UAGGCCGUAGCAGUUAACAUUAUACACGUGUCAUUAGUAUUCCUCCAUUUUUUUUCCUUCGGUAUUUUUUCACGUUUAGUCCGCAUCGCUGCAAGGCUGCACCCUUCCUUUCUCUCUCCUCCAUUGAAGCGUACUCCGACUUCUCCAUAAAAGCGGCUUCUAAGCUUUCUCUCCUCCAUUAAAGCAGUUUCUAAGUGAAGUGAUGGCGGCAUUGGCAACUAAUGGUGCUUUAUGGCAACCACAAGAGCAAGGGAUCAAGGAGAUAUGCGGUUUAUUGGAGCAGCAAAUGUCACCUGUUCCAAAUUCUGAUAAAACUCAGAUUUGGCAGCAGUUGCAACAUUACUCACAGUUUCCGGAUUUCAAUAACUACCUCGCCUUCAUUUUGUCUCAUGCUGAGAUAAAACCUGUGGAAGUUCGGCAAGCUGCUGGGCUACUUCUGAAGAAUAAUCUUAGAACUGUUUUUAAUACUAUGGCCCCAGCUAAUCAGCAAUAUAUUAAAUCGCAGCUGUUGCCUUGUCUAGGAUCACCUGAUAGGCACAUUCGCACAACUGCUGGGACCAUUAUUAGUGUUAUUGUGCAGCUGGUGGGUGUUAUUGGCUGGCCUGAGCUGUUGCAGGCUCUCUUAACUUCUUUAGGAAGUGCUGAUCCCAAUCAAGUUGAAGGAGCUAUGGAUGCUCUAUCAAAGGUUUGUGAAGAUGUACCUCAAGUGCUUGAUGCAGAUGUUCCAGGGAUGACUGAACGCCCAAUCAACAUCUUCCUUCCAAAAUUGUUUGAGUUUUUUGGAUCACCACAUGCCUUAUUAAGGAAGCUUGCGUUGAAUUCAGUCAAUCAAUACAUUAUGUUAAUGCCAUCUUAUCUAUAUACGUCAAUGGACCAAUACCUCCAUGGCUUGUUUCUUCUUGCUAAUGAUCCUGCUCCGGAGGUGCGAAAACUGGUCUGUUCAGCUUUUGUUCAGCUAGUUGAAGUGAAGCCCUCAUUUCUUGAGCCCCAUUUGAGGAAUGUCAUAGAAUACAUGCUGCAAGUCAACAAGGAUGGUGAUGAUGAAGUUGCGCUUGAAGCUUGUGAAUUUUGGUCUGCGUAUUGUGAUGCUCAAUUGCCACCUGAGAACUUGAAGGAGUUCCUACCACGUCUUAUUCCUGUUUUGUUGUCAAAUAUGGUGUAUGCUGAUGAUGACGAAACAAUAGCUGAAGCAGAGGAGGAUGAGUCUGUACCUGAUCGUGAUCAGGAUUUGAAGCCCCGGUUUCAUUCAUCACGUCUACAUGGAUCAGAGGAGGUCGAGGAAGAUGAUGAUGUUGUUAAUGUGUGGAAUCUACGAAAAUGUAGUGCAGCUGCUCUGGAUAUUCUUUCUAAUGUGUUUGGGGACAAUAUUCUUCCUACACUUAUGCCUUUAAUUCAGGCUAAUUUAUCAGCUAGUGAUGAUGAGUCCUGGAAACAGAGGGAAGCUGCUGUUUUAGCCAUUGGUGCUGUUGGUGAGGGCUGUAUUAAUGGUUUGUACCCUCAUCUCUCAGAGAUUGUCGGCUUUCUUAUUCCUCUCUUGGAUGAUAAAUUUCCUCUUAUACGGAGCAUUUCAUGUUGGACGCUUUCUCGUUUCAGCAAAUUUGUUGUUCAGGGCCUUGGUGAUCAAAACGGCAAUGAACAAUUCGAGAAGGUGUUAAUGGGUCUUCUGCGAAGAAUAUUGGACACAAACAAGCGUGUUCAGGAAGCUGCUUGUUCAGCUUUUGCAACACUUGAAGAGGAAGCUGCUGAAGAACUGGCACCACGCUUAGAAAUUAUUUUGCAGCACUUGAUGUGCGCGUUUGGCAAAUAUCAGAAGAAAAAUUUGAGGAUCGUUUAUGAUGCUAUUGGAACUUUAGCUGAUGCUGUCGGAGGGGAGCUAAAUCAGCCUAAGUAUCUAGAAAUCCUAAUGCCUCCGCUGAUAUCGAAGUGGCAACAACUUUCCAGUUUCGAUAGGGAUAUAUUCCCAUUGCUUGAGUGCUUUACAUCUAUAGCACAGGCAUUGGGUCCAGGAUUUUCUCAGUUUGCUGAACCUGUAUUUCAGAGGUGCAUAAACAUCAUCCAGACGCAACAAUUGGCAAAGGUCAAUCCAACUACAACUGGUGUUCAGUAUGAUAGAGAGUUUGUUGUUUGCUCUCUGGAUCUACUCUCUGGACUCGUAGAGGGCCUUGGCAGUGGCAUAGAGAGUUUGGUGUCCCAGAGUAACAUGAAAGAUCUACUGUUGCAAUCUUGUAUGGAUGACGCUCCUGAUGUCCAACAGAGUGCUUUUGCACUCCUUGGUGACCUUGCAAGAGUUUGUCCUGUUCAUCUCCGCCCUUACUUGCCACGGUUCUUAGAAAUCACAGCAAAGCAAUUGGAUAUUUCCAAGAUAAAAGAUACGAUUUCUGUUGCAAAUAAUGCUUGUUGGGCAAUCGGUGAAUUAGCAGUGAAGGCUCAGCAAGAUAUUAAACCAGUUGUAAUGACAGUCAUUUCUUCCCUAGUUCCAAUACUUCAACAUACACAGGAGCUUAAUAAGUCACUUAUAGAGAAUGCUACCAUUACUCUUGGAAGAUUUGCCUGGGCCUGUCCCGAGCUUGUAUCUCCAUAUAUGGAGCAUUUCAUGCAACCAUGGUGUAAUGCUUUGGCCAUGAUACGAGAUGACAUAGAAAAAGAAGACGCUUUUCGAGGUUUAUGUGCAAUGGUCAAGAUGAAUCCUACUGCAGCAUUAAGUUCCCUUCCCUUCUUGGUGAAGGCAAUUGCUAGCUGGCAUGAAAUUAAAAGCCCAGAUCUGCAUAAUGAAGUAUGUCAGGUGUUGCAUGGGUAUAAACAGAUGCUUGGAAAUGGACAAUGGGAGCAAUGUAUAUCAUCUUUGGAACCAUCUAUGACGGAUAAGUUGUUGAAGUAUCAAAUAUAAUGGGUUUGUUGGUAUUGAAUGGAGGCCAGCAGACAGAAAAGCGUUUUGUUGGUAUCUUGGCAGCAUAAGAGUUUGCUAUUGCAUUGUACUUGUGAAUCUUCUGUCAUCUCUCAAGUCUCGUAUGGCUUUAGUGUUUGAUUCUUUCUGCGUCAAGACUGGUGGUUGCAAUUUUAGGCAAAGCAACACAUUUUGUGCCCAGGUGCAACUAAGGCAUAUCUCUGACACUGAGCAAAUUAUUUAAGCUUUGGCGUGGAGCAUACAUGUAGUAAACUGGGUAUAUUAGUUUUGGUUUAGGGUUGGCUUCUCUUUCCUGUAUUAGGAAAGAAGGCAAUGUAUUAUGUAUUGUGUACAUUCUUCACAUUUUACGGGUAAUUUAUUUCCCAUUCUUUUGACCAUGAUGGUUGGAACAAAUAUCGAUUUCCUACAAGUUUUGAUGUACCUAGUCUUAUAAGUUUUGAUGAAUGUAUUUUUUAAGCAUUUAUUUCUGUCUUCAGUUUCAGACCAUCUUGGGUUUGAUGUAUUGAUCAAAGGACAAUGUCUUGCAUUCAUUUUGAUAACGUUGUUCAAUAAUGUACUCGUCGGUUACUUUUAUGAUUGUAUACAUAGUUUUGAGAUUUUGUUCAAAGCGUAAUGUGAUA